GGGCCACACGAAUUGGAGUCUGACACAUUUGCGAUACGCGUGUCGUGUCGCGGUCGCGUUGUGUAACCCGUUGUUCACCUACGCGCGCGGCCGAAGCGACACACGUACAAAACGGAGGCGCCCGUUUCUGACGGUUCUCGACUGUUCUUUUCAAAGUCCGUCGACCACGUCAGCUCGUCCACAUGAACAAGUCCCUGCGGAACAGCUGACGACCCCCUCUCACCAUGUACACGAGAUAGUGAUCGCCCUCGAGGAUCGUCGUGGGAAGGAACAGGCGUUCCCCGCGCGACGGAUCGCACAAUAAUCGUCUGACAGAGUCAAUACGACCUCGCGGGCGCAACUUGGCGCGCGUAAUCUACCGACUGUAUUGUCGCGAGUCGUAAGAAUUGCGAAAAAUGUCGUUCAGGAAGGAUCUGAAGUUGCUCGUCAAGCCGUACUAUUUGAUAAACAUCUUCCUCAGCGUCUCCUACAUCCUCUUCAAGCGCCUUCCCGUGGUCUGCAAUUACAUAUUUUCUCAAGACGACUGCGAGUUCGAUGGGAGAGAAUCGGAGAUCCUCUUCUUCCUCAUAAUCGUCAUCAUGAUUAGGACGAGGAAGACCGGCAGCGUGACCAUGAUAAACUACCUGACGUCCAGCUUUGUGUACACCAAGGUGGCCAACUUGAUCCUGUGGUUCUACGCGGACGUGCGGAUGGGCAUUCUAUUUGCAUUUAUUUUUAUACUGUGUGGGUUGGUGCUGCCAGAGCCGACGUAUCAGGGGCCUGAGAACGUCGUCUAUCUGCGCGGCGCCGACGGACUGCAGGAGGAGCUGCAGCGCGACACCAAAGUGGCCUGGCUGGUGGCGUUCUACACCGCGUGGAAUCCAGCCUGCGUGACUUUCGCGCCGAUAUUCUCCGAGCUCUCCGCAGAGUAUGCGCUGGGGAACUUUAAGUUCGGUAAAGUGGACGUCGGAAGGUAUCCGGACGCCGCGGCGAAGUAUCACAUCAGCGACGCUAGCACGAGCAAGCAGCUGCCGACGUUGAUACUCUUCAAGAACGGCAAGGAGGUAGAGCGACGUCCAUACGCGGAUCACAAAGGGAAGCUUGUCAAGUUUCUCUUCUCGCUGGACAACGUGAAGGCUGCGUUCGAUCUCAACAAUAUAUACAGCGACUGCAAGAAAAAUCCUAUCAAGAGAAAAGAGAAGAAAUCGCUGAAGGCGGAAUAAUAGAGACACAUUUAGGUGUUUAAUGAAAAAGAGAAACACGCAGUUUGCAGCUGAGCGAGUUAGAUGAACUUCUACGGUAUAGAUAGAACAUCCAGAUAGCGUGAUGUCUCGACCGAGUUCUGAUUCUAAAUUAAAAUAUAUAAGGAUUCGUGUAAAUACUUCGUUGUGCGUUGCAAUAAUCUAUGCAGUGCUCUUAUACUCUCUUCAUUUACGUUCAAACAUCUGUAUAUAACAUAUUGCCACGGAUCGUUACAGCAAUAUUGCGCAUGGUGUGUGAAUGUGCCAUAUAUAAUAUAUAUAUAAUAUAUAUAACAUAUUAACAUAAAGUUCAAAUAUGUACAGAAAGCUUGUUACGCGAUUAACAACGUUGCAUUUCCUUUUAAGAUAGUCUCGAUAUAGCUGUUGAAUAAAAGCUGAUCGUUGGCACGUA